GGUUUUGUUGUUUUUAUUUAAAAUAGGUAGCAGUUGGUAUUAGGAUCAUGUCAUUUUCUUGUAUCAUAAUUUCAUUUGUGCACCUGCAGCUAGGAUUUCUCAACGCCAGAAUAGAAUGGCAGAAACGAUCCUCAGUCCUGUUAUUGAUGAGGCAAUUUCCAAGGCAAUUUCCUUUGCAACUAAACAAAUUUGCCUUGCGUGGGGUUUCGAGAAAGAGGUUGUGAGCCUCAAGGAGUCGCUAGUUAUGAUUCAAGAUGUUCUCCAAGAUGCGGAGAAUAAACAAGAAGGUGAUGCUACUAUAAGGCAUUGGUUGCAGAAGCUCAACAAUGUAGCCUAUGAUGCAAUGGAUAUAUUGGAUGAGUAUGCCUAUCAUUUGCUCCAGCUGAAAGUGGAGACUCAAGGCCAAAAGAUGAAACAGAUGUAUCGGUUCUUUUCUCACUCUAAUCCAAUCGUGUUUCGUUGCAAAAUGGCUAAUAAGAUUAAGAAAAUUAAUGAGUCUCUAGCUAAAAUAAAAGGAGAUGCAGUGUUUCCUAUGUUAAAUAAAGGCACACCAACUCUGCGUGUUAGUACCAUCCCCGAAACAGAUUCCUUCCUUGAUUCAAACCCAAUAGGAAGGAGUGAUGAUGUUUCUGAAAUAAUAAGCCAGCUAAGUAAACUUAGGAGUCAGCAUUCCAUGUUUGUUGCUUCUAUAGUAGGCAUGGCUGGCAUUGGAAAGACAACUUUGGCAAAAUCAGUGUUCAAAGAAGUAAAAGAAAGAAAGCUUUAUGAUAUAGUAGCAUGGGUUUGUGUUUCUAAUCAUUUCGAUGAGAAAGACAUUUUAGGAGGAAUGCUGGAAUCUCUUGAUAGAACUGCAGGGAGAAAAGACACCAUUGAAGCAAUACUUCGCCAUCUUGAAAAUGAGAUAGAAAAGAAAACUUUCCUUCUCGUUCUUGAUGAUGUGUGGAAUGAAGAAUCUAUCAAGUGGGGUAACUUCCUCGAUCGCUUGUCCAAAAUUGUGAAAACAACUGGAAACUCUAUUAUUGUAACAACUCGCAGUUGUGGAGUAGUAUCUGCAAUAGAGACAGCUCCUGUGCCUCAUGUGCUUCCUAUGCAUAAGCAUGAAAUGAAAGGGUUAUCAGAUGAUGAAUGCUGGUCUAUAAUUGAGGAGAAAGUGCAUAAAUUUCCAAGAAGACUAGAAGAUGCUAAUUUAAAAGAUAUUGGGCAAGAUAUUGCAAGAAAAUGUAAGGGCUUGCCAUUGGUUGCAAGUGUAUUGGGAGGAACAAUGGGACGCAAGUUUGGAGUAGAAGAGUGGUUGGCUAUCAAGAAUAACAAUGCAUGGAAUUUACAAGACGAUCAAAAGAUUGCACCAAUUCUAAAGAUAAGCUAUGACCAUGAAUUAGUUCAGCUCUGGAUGGCAGAAGGAUUCCUGCACCCACCUAAUGAUGAAAGUAAUUCAACAAUGGAGGAUAUUGGUGAUAUGUACUUUGAUGAUUUGUUAUCCAAUUCCUUGUUUCAAGAUAUAAAAAGGAAUGCAAUUGGGAGUGUGAAAUCUUGUAAGAUGCAUGAUGCAGUGCACGAUCUUGCAUUGUCUAUCUCUAGUGGUGAAACAUUGAUUUGGGAUCAAACUGGUUCCAUUGAUGAAAAUUCUAAAAUUCGGCAUUUGAGGGUCAAGUCUAAUGGGGGAGUGCUUCCAAGAGGAGUCUCUGAAAAGUUGCAUUCUUUGUUCUUAGAUGCUAAGUGUGUUUUCCACAACAUUGCCUCAAAUGUUUUUCUCCACGACAUUGCUUCAGAUCUUAAAAGCUUGCGUUCUCUUACAAUGUUGAGAGCUUGCAGAGAAGAAGAUCUAUCAAUUUCUCUUGGCAAGAUGAAGCAUUUGAGGUAUCUUGAUAUCUCAACCAGUCAAAUUAAAGUACUACCAAAAUCCUUCUUUAAACUCUACAACUUGCAUACUUUAAAGCUAAUGUGGUGCAAUCAUCUCGAGAAGGGCCCCAAUGACAUGAGAAAUUUUGUUAGCUUGAGGCAUCUUUAUUUCAGUAGUGAAAAGAAUAUGCCAAAGGAGAUUGGGCACUUGACUUCCCUUCAAACAUUGCCACUAUUUGUUGUGGGAAGAGAAAAGGGAUAUAGAAUUGAAGAACUUGGAUGCUUAAGCCAAUUGCGUGGGAAAUUGGCCAUUCAAAAACUUGAAGCUGUAGGAUCCAAAUCAGAAGCCUCUAAAGCAAAAUUAAAAGAAAAGAAAAAAUUGCAAGGGUUGAAAUUGACAUGGCAUGCAGAGAGAGAAGUUAACAACAACAUCAACGAUGAAGAGGUUCUAGAAGGUCUUCAACCUCACCCAAAUUUGAAGAGCUUAGUUAUUUGGAAUUACCAAGGAAGGAACUUCCCAUCAUGGAUGCAGGGUGGUGUCAAUAGUUCACUCAACAACUUAAUGAAGUUGAAGCUACAGUAUUGCGAGGAAUGCUUAUAUCUUCCGAGCCUUAGUUUAUUGCGUUAUCUCCAGUUUCUUGAAAUUGAGGAGAUAAAGAAGGUAAAAAGCAUGGGUAGCAAGUUCUAUGUGGAUCAAAGCAAUAGUGAUGAUGGAGUGGGAUCGACUACACAAUUCCCAGCUUUAAGAGAAUUCAGUGUUGCAUGUAUGGAUAGCCUUGAGGAAUGGGUAGAAGUAAAAGGUGUGACUGUGUUUCCUUGUCUUGAGAGUCAACUAGAGAUCCGUAAUUGUGGAAAGCUAAGGAGCAUUCCAGAGGAGUGCGUGGGUAGACUCACCUGCUUGAAGCAGUUACAGAUAGGUGGUUUCUGGUCGGAGUUAGAGGAAUUUUCUGGACUAACCUGCAUUCAUCAACUCCACGCCUCCCUUGAAGUAUUGGAAUUGAAUGGAUGGGAUAAAUUAAAGUCUCUGCCACAUCAGCUUCAACAUCUCACUGCCCUCACGGCAUUAACGUUAUGGGACUUCAAUGGCCUGGAAGCUUUGCCAGAGUGGUUGGGAGACCUCUCUUCUCUUCGCAGGCUGGAGAUUAAGAAUUGCUCUAAUUUGACUCAUAUGCCUUCUAUUGAAGCCGUACGACGCCUCUCCAACUUACAAGAUCUUCACAUUUUGAAUUGUCCGAAGUUAGAAGAAAGAUGCGCCAAAGAGAGCGGCCCCGAAUGGGCCAAGAUUUCUCACAUCCCCUGCUUGAGAAUAUAAGGUGGGUCCCUGCAGUAGCAGUCUAAAUAAGAGAUUGAGGGUUGAGAGUUGUGACUGUGAUUGGGCCGCUCAGAGCUCAUAGAAGCUAGCAAAUCUUCAAAUUCUAUACUGUAUAUUAAUGUUUUUUAAAUUUAAUAGCUUUUAUUUUUUGGCAUAAAAACACACUGAGUGUAAUUCUUACAAGUUAUGUCUGAUGCAUCUAAACACAUGAAAGUGUAAAGCUUGAGGGUGUGAGAGCCCAGCAGCAGGAGUAAUUACUACAAGCCUUCGUUUUUUAAGGGAAGAUGUCAAGUUGAACGAGAAAGGAAGAAGAAGACACCAGGUGUUGAUCAUACUGCUGAUUGCUUUUGUACUUCAGUCUUGUUAAGAGAACAUGGUGUCACUGGCUAAGACAUUGUGCUUGUUGAAUUAAUGACCAGUACUUGACCAAAAUAUAUCUAUUUAUUUGUAAGCACUCAUUAAAGGUUAGGAAACUGGUAUCUAAUCUAAUAGACAUGGGACAAUGGAGCAAAGUUGCUUAUUUUAGCAUUCUGCCAUUCUUUAUUGGCUUUAACACUCCACCUUGAUAGCAAUGCUGCACAUGGCAAGCUUAUCCCUCAUUCCUCAUCCCAACAUCAACAUCAGAAUAGAUUUGCAGACUCCAA